AUGUCCCCCUUGCUGUCCCCAUCCCCGUCCCAUCCCUAUCCUUGCCCCCAUCCCUGUCCCCGUCCCAUUGCUGUCCCUGUCCCUAUUGCUCCGUCCCCGUCCCCACGGCUGUCCCCGUCCCGGUGCCUUGCAGGCAUCGUCUCCAAGCAGUGGCAGCCCUGGCUCGUUGGCCUCACGGCCGUCGUCGUCUUCCUCUUCAUCGUCUUCGUGGCGCUGCUCGCCAACCGCUUCUGGCAGCUCAGGAUGCGCAGGAAGCGCGGAGCCCCCGAGGAGCCGCAGGCGAUCGGCAGGCUGGAGAAAGCCGCCUACAGCAACGCGGCGGCCGACAGGGACAGCGACGACGAGCAGGAGCGCCACAAGGCCACGUCGCUGUGACACGCGUGGGCCGCGCUCCGGCCCGCCCGCGACCGCAACUCCAUGCCGGGUUUUGCGGGGCGCCGAGCGCAGAACGGCCCCGGCUGACGGCAAAGCCCGGCCUGGAUCCCGGCCCCGCGGGAAUGGA